AUGAGUAAUCGUGAUAUGGAAUGGAUUUUAGACUCAGGUGCAUCUGUGCGUAUUGUUAAAGAUAAAUCACUUCUUUAUGACAUCAAAGAUAAGACUCAUAUGGGAAUAUCCACUGUUGAUGGCAACAAGCUCCAGUGUCACCUGGCUGGGAAACUAGAUCCAUAUGUAAGUGUAAAUGGUGAAUCAGAUAUGGUUACAGCACACAAUGUUCAUUAUGUGAAAAAUGUGGCAACUAACCUGCUGUCUGUAGGGGAAAUUGUCAAGAAAGGAAAUACAGUCACUUUUGACAUGCGGGGUGCAAGAGUAAUCAGUGAAAGUGGUGAAGUUAUAGCUACAGCAACUGGACACCCAAAGGCUGAAAAGACUGCUGGCCGCAUUGUAAAUGGCGCCCCAGCCUCACUCGGCCAGUUCCCACACCAGGCGUCCUUGAUCAUUGACUACGGCGCCAUGUGUGGUGGGUCGCUGAUCUCCGCCUCUGUCGUCCUAACAGCGGGGCACUGCGCCUCCGGGUUCAGCACGUGGGAGGUGAGGCUUGGACUCACCAGUCUCAGCAUUAUUGAGCCUAGCCGCGUGACCAUCGUCACCACGUCGGCGUCGGUGCACUCCGAAUACGACAUUGCAGUCCUCUUCCUGGGUACCAACGUCCCGCUAAACAAUUACAUCGGACUGGUGAACCUGCCUUCUCGCUCACAGGCGGGCAACAGCUUCGAGGGCCAGACCGCUACGGUCAGCGGCUGGGGCCUCAAUACCGACAACGGUGUCAUCCCAGACACGCUGCAGUACACGACACUGAACGUCAUGUCCAACACGCAGUGCAGCCAAUACUUCGGCGGUCCCAUCUACGACUUCACACUCUGCGCCAUCGGAUCCAGCGGACAGAGCACCUGCGGCGGCGACAGCGGCGGCGCGCUGGUGGUCGGCUCACAGGGAAGCUACACGCAGAUCGGGAUCGUCAGCUGGGGUUCGGGCAAGGGCUGUGCGAGCGGAGACCCGGCCGGCUUCACCAGGGUCACCUACUUCCUCGACUGGAUCUCAAGUACCGCCGGCAUCACCAUUCCGUGA